AUGGUUAAAGAAACGGGUAAAAACAAUAAUUUAAAUAUUAUUUAUGAGAUUAUAACGAUAUAUCGUAAAAUGAAAAGAGGAAAGAAUAAUCAAAACAUAUACCGAAUGCAAUUUAAUAUUGAUCAUCAUGGACCAGAUUUUUCCGAGGUUGACAUUGAAAAUAAUUUACAGGAGGGAGUUGUAGGAUCAAAUGGUAAAAUUAUAGAUUUUUGCAGGUAUAGAACAUUAGAUAACAUGAAGUAUAUUUUUUACUCAAAGGAAACAACUCUUAUUGAAUCAGAUGAUAUUUUUGCUAACAUGGAUAUUUUAAAGAAUAAAUAUUACUGGUUAAAUAUUUUUAAUCCUAGCGAAAAAGAUUUAGAAAUUCUGGGAAAUUAUUUAGGAGUGCACGAUGUGACUCUUAUAGACAUUCGAGAAAAAAAUACAGAAGAAAAAUUAGAACAUUUUAAAAAUUAUUUUUUUAUCAGUUUAAAAUUACUAAGCACUUGUAAUCUUGGAACAGAAGAUAUUGAUUUUAAUAUUUUGAUAUUUAAAAAUUUUAUUAUUACAACACAUGACAAACAGUGGAGUGGUAUUAGAGAUAUACUUAAUUUUUUAUCUACUAUUUCUCAACAUACUAUUUUAUAUCCAGAUUGGGUGUUUUAUUCUAUUAUUAUAGAAUUUUUACAGGAUGUUAAAUAUGUUUUAGAAAAUGUUAGACCAGAAAGUACAGCACAAAAAGCGUGCAGUAGAUCCAUAAAUUAUGAAAUGGGAGAUAAUCUUAAAAAUAAUUUUGAGAUGGUAUAUCAAUUGUAUAAUUUUCGACAAUUUAUUCGACCUAAGAUAAUAAUCUUAGAAAAGAUGCGAAAGUCGAAUAAAAAAACUCCAAGAAAUGUUUUGUAUCUUUUAAAUGACUGUUAUAAAGAUUUUAAGAGACAGCAAAAGUUAGCGGUGGAAUAUAAUGAAAUAUUAGAAAGAUCACAAGAUUUAUUUUUAGCGCUAGUAGACAUGGAACAAAGUAGAGAAGCCAAUGAAAUGAAUAAGGCUAUGAAUAGAUUUACAAAGAUUGCAUUUGUAUUUUUACCCUGUCAAACCAUAGCGGGGCUGUGGGGAAUGAAUGUAAAGGUACCUUGGCAAGAUCAAACUUCUGUAUUUUAUUUUUGGCUGUUAUGUGCAGUGGGUCCUUUGUGUAGUUUAAUUGUUUACUACUUGUAUAAAUUGUUUAAAACUAAAAGAAAAACAACAGUUAAAAAGUUUUAA